CCCCCCAGCGACGUGACGUUGUGUUAUCGUCUCUGAUACUUACGUUUUCAAGCAAUAAAUGUACCACGUUACGGUUGGUGCCACUAUCAGUGAAGAAGAAACGCCGUUGAAACACGACGAACGAAUCUUUCCACGGCAGCAUCGCGAACGGCCACAUCAAGCCGCAGUAGUGGCCUAUUCCGAGGGUGCUUUUAGCGGUAACAUUUCAGGCAGUAACGACAGCUACACCUGCAGCUUCCCGAGCGAGCAGCAACCCAUCAUAGUAGUCGAUCGUGGUACCAUCGAGCUCAGCGCCAUGGAUGACACGAAAAAAGUGCUGCUAAAAGUGGGGCUCGAUUUCCUUAUCCUGUGCUGUGUUGGAUUUCCCAUUCUAAUCUUUUUCCUGGCCGGCGAUCCGUUCAAGCGAGGGUUCUUCUGCGACGAUGAAUCACUAAUGCAUCCAUUCCAUGACUCAACUGUUACGAAUUGGAUGCUAUACAUCAUCGGCAUCGCACUGCCGGUAGUUUUAAUCUUCCUUACAUCGAUAAUACUUUGCCGGGCGCGCGUGAAGAAGUCAUCGGAAACACCCCCGCUAAAGGUGUGGAACAGGGACAUUCCAUAUUGGGUCGUGCAGGCGUACAAAUCGAUCGGGAUGUUUGGUUUCGGAGCUGCCGUUAGCCAGCUGCUGACGGACGUUGGGAAGUACACGAUCGGACGCUUGCGGCCACACUUCUUCGACGUUUGCCGUCCCAGGAUGCCCGACGGGACCACUUGCGCCGAUGCUAUCAAUCAAGGAAGAUACAUAACGGACUUCAUGUGUACCAGCGAGAAAUCCACUGCCCGUAUGUUAAAGGAAAUGCGCCUGUCAUUCCCGAGUGGCCAUUCCAGUUUUUCGAUGUACACGCUUAUUUUCUGCGCCAUAUAUCUACAAGCCCGCAUGAACUGGCGUGGUUCGAAGCUGCUGAAACACUUCUUUCAGUUUCUGCUGAUCCUGCUCGCCUGGUACACCUGCCUGAGCCGUAUUUCCGACUACAAGCAUCACUGGUCGGAUGUGUUGUCCGGAGGCGUCCUCGGUGCAACGGUAGCGAUCGUCGUGUCCAACUUCUGCACCGACUUGUUCAGUAUUUCAAACAAGCGCGCCUUGGCUGGUGGCCUGCCGCAGACACGCUACGAACUGAGUCCAAACCACAACCACGGAAAUGGAAACUAAACGAGAGUGUGACAACAAAUCCCUCCACCCAUCUCGCGACCAUUGAAAUUGCUCGGGGUUACGUUCUUCUCCCAACGGUGAACAUCAGGGUCCUUGCCAAAUUGUGGCAAGAGAAGUGAGCAUCGAAUGCACUCUUACUACUCCUUCGGGGAAAAUCCAUUCGGGAUGCCAAAUGUAGCGCAAUUUGCCCCGCAAUAUUAUGUCCACUAGCACGGCAUCGACCACGCAGCGCAGUAGUGAGAAGUAAUUUAUUACGUUUAUUCGUUAAGCUUUGCGAUAGCAUGUAGGCAGUUACUUUAGCAUAAUCCAGAUUAGCAUCUAGUUCAGUCCAGGACCGACCGAGAAGACUAAAGGCCAACGUAGGAAAGACAUUCUACCAUGCAGCCGCCACCAUGGUUGGGGCUGAGUUUUUGAUUAGUGUUUCUUCAAUGCUCGGUCGACUUUCCAAAACUAAGGCUGCUCGCAGUAAGAUACGCGUAGUGUUUUCUAUUAGAGCAACGAAAGUGGUUGUAUAUUUAUCAAUCGAUUAGACGCAAAUACUUUUUACCUGUAAUUAUCUGUCAAAUGAUAAUAAAAAUAUUAUUCAUUCAC